UAACAAUAUGUCGUCAUGUAAUUUGAGACGUUGCAUUUGGACUAUAAAAGUUCGGAUAAGUUUGUUAGCAUAAAAGUUUUGGAAGCUUUGAAAGUACCAGCAUAAUGAAGACAUUAGUUGUCGUUUUGCUAUUUGCUCUUGUUGGACUUAUUUACGCAAGAGGUAAUCGAAACUUAAAAGAAGAGAUAGAAGAUGAAAUUUCUCAAGAAAUCAUGAAUGAUAUUGAAGAAAAUAAUGAAUUUGACUUAGAGGAUCAAGCUGAAGUUAAUGAUCCGAAUCCUGAACCUUUCUUAUGGUGGCGAAGAAGAAAAAAUAGAAGAAGACAUAUAACAAUACCCAUUGACGAAUAUCUUAAAUUAAAAUCAAAGAAAGUUUGAAGUUUCAAAGUUUAACUUUUGAGCAAUAUUAUUGUAAUUUUUUUUUUUUUAUAAAAAAAUUAUACAAGAUUUA